AACAACAAAUAUUGCACCAUGGUCAGCAGGAUUAACAUGAAUAAUAAUAAGCAAUCAUGUCUAUGGUUUGAUGGACACAUCCAUUAUCAUAACAACCGUCAGUCAGUUGAUGCCACUCUCGGUUCACUAUUGGCACAACAUUUGCCCAGCGAUUCGGUGAUCGACAACGAUAAAGUGGUCGUCGGGUUUGAUGCCGAAUGGGUUGCUUUUCCCCGAAUGUCCAAAGUUUGUUUAGUUCAGCUUUGUUUCGAUGGCAUUGAAUGCCAUUUAAUACACUUAUCGGCAAUGGACUACUAUUUUCCCGAACUACUCACACAACUGCUAACCGAUGACCACUUUAUCAAAGUUGGCCUCAAUAUUGCCGGCGACUUUAAUAAACUUCAACGCGACUAUCGGCUGCCAUUCGAUGACAUAGUUAUGUCACCGAACAAAUCGGUUAUUGAUCUCAACUAUAUGGCCGGCAAACUUUUAGGUUUCACAAAACGGAUGAGUUUGAGUGAUAUGUCAUAUAAAUUCUUGGGUCAACCCAUUAGUAAAGUCCAGCGACUGACCAAUUGGUCGAAGAAUCCGCUCAGUGAUGAACAGCUACAAUACGCUGCCAUCGAUGCCUACGCCUCUUACGAACUAUACUAUGAGAUUAAAAGUCAUACACAUCAUCGACAACAACAAGAAUCAUAAAUUAGUUGAUUUUUUUUAUAGUUAAACACCAUUUACAUCAACAACAAUCAUCUGUUUCAUUGA